CACAGAAGCUGUCUCCGAUAGCUCGGAGCUCGGCUGAUGACGCAAUGGCCCCGCAGGCUGGCCGCGACCACAGCAAUUUGUGAAGCACAUUUGUCUUCCAGAAGCUCAGCGCUGUCUCACAUCUCACGCUUCAAAAGGAUCACAAUUCCCUUCAAUUACUCUCACCAACGCUCUUUAGUUCGCAAUGGCACCUCUACAAGUCGGCGACACGCUCCCGGAGGGCGUUAAGUUUGAGUGGGCGCCCAUCACAGACUCGGACCCGACUGCUUGCGGUCUUCCGCAGGAGUACGAUGCAAGCAAAGAAUGGAAGGACAAGAAGGUCGUGCUGUUCAGCGUUCCCGGUGCCUUCACCCCCGGCUGCCAGGCCCGCCAUCUCCCGCCGUACAUCGAGAACCUGAGCAAGUUCAAGUCCAAGGGCGUCGAUGUCGUGGCGGUCAUUGCGUCGAACGACUCGUGGGUUAUGAACGCUUGGGGCAAGGUCAAUGGCGUCAAGGGGGAUGAUAUUCUCUUCCUCAGCGAUACCAAGACGUUCUUCUCUAAACACUACGGAUGGCCUGCUGGUAUGGGCGACCGCAAUGGCCGAUGGGCAAUGGUGUUCGACCACGGCAAGGUCACCUACGCCGGGAAUGAGAAGAGCCCGGGCGAGGUAUCGGUCUCCGGCGCCGAAGCUGUCCUCUCGAAGCUAUGAUAUCGCUGUGGAUAAGGUUGGUCCAUGACUGAACGGCGCGCAGGGCUUAGAUAUUUAGACAACCUCUAAAUGAGGCUUUAGACUCAGGGAGCCACAAUGAGAAAGUCGUUCAGAUACUAAACAACCGUACUCUAUUCGCUUGAUUCAACUGCUUUGCAAGGGCCCAUCGUAGAUGGCAGUGUGCUGACAUACUAUCUGUUUCUGCCAUGCAUACUGGCUUUUCUUGCACGAGCUCAACCGUCAUUCGUUUCCUGAGUUCUGUCGCUCGUGCUUGCUGUUCGAUCUCCAGGUGGGCCCGUGAACACGUUGAAUUCACGCAACCUCGGGCAAGCAAAAGGGCGAGGGGCGAGGAAGUAACAGAAGCCGG